UCGUGUGCAGGAAAUUCCAACUUGAAGAGUUGCGAAUAGACAGACAAGGAAGCCCUUUUCAAGUUAAAGGAUGGUUUCGCUGAUGAAGGGAACAUUCUUUCUUCCUGGGAAAGAGAAGUUGAUUGCUGCAAGUGGAAGGGAAUUUCAUGCAAUAAUUUAACAGGUCGUGUCACCCACUUGAAUCUCACAGCUUCUGAUUCUUCUGCUAAAUUGAAAGGUACUAUCAAUGCUUCAUUGUGUGAGUUGCAACAUCUAACUUCGUUGGAUCUCAGUUUUAAUGAUUUUGAAGGACAAAUGAUCCCAAAGUGCAUCGGUUCACUUGGUCAUUUGACAGUGUUGAAACUGAGAAAAGCUAAACUCACAGGCAUUAUUCCCAGCGAAUUGCAAAAUUUGUCCAAUAUUCAAACUCUAGACCUUGGAGGUAAUUACAAUUUGAUCUCGAAUAGCCUUGCGUGGGUUUCUCAUCUUUCUUCUUUGAGAUAUGUCAAUUUCAACUUAGUUGAUUUAAGACUAGCAACUGAUUGGCAAUCAUCCAUCAGCAAUAUCCCUUCUUUAUUAGAGCUUCACUUAGAUGAGACUAGACUUCCUCAAGUCAAUCCCCAAUCAUUUUCCUACACGAACUCUUCCUCUCAUCUGAAAAUCCUCAGUCUUGGACGAAACCAAUUAAACUCUUUGACUCUGUCUUGGGUGUUUAAAUUGAGCGAAGCCUUAGUACAUCUCGACCUCUCAUCCAAUUCUUUACAGAAUAUUCCUUCAAAUGCCUUCAUAAAUAUGACUUCUCUUCAAUAUCUUGACCUUCAUAACAAUAAACUUGAGAGUGACACAAUAAAAUUCGUUUGUAAUUUGUGCCAGCUCAAGGUGUUAUUGUUGUCUACCAACUAUUUGUCUGGCCAACUUAAUCAAUGGAUACGACAACCAUGUUGUGUCCAAAAUGGAAUAGAGGAGUUAGAUCUCACUCAAAACCCCUUCAACAAUGGACCCUUUCCUAAUUUUUCGACAUUCUCAUCUUUGGUGAGACUACGCCUUAGAGAAACGAAUCUUUAUGGGUCAAUUUCACAUAUGAUCCCCCAAUCUUUUAGGCCCUUGUGUAGCUUGAAACAUUUGGACCUAAGUUACAACUAUUUGAGUGGGUUAUUGCCUGAGUUCACACAAUUUACAUCAUUGGAAACUCUCGAUUUGUCAAAAAAUGAGUUUAAUGGCACUCUUCCGUGGACUGUUGGUCAGCUUUCUAGCCUCGGCGAGCUGAUACUUUCUUCAAAUAAAUUGAGCGGAGUGAUCAACGAAGCACAUCUAUCAUCUCUAUCAAAUUUGAAGGUUUUGGAUGUCUCAUGCAAUUCCAUUUCUUUCAACUUCAAUUCAAAUUGGCUGCCAUCUUUUCAAUUGUACGAGUUAUCUGCAUCAUCAUGCAACUUGGGUCCUAACUUCCCUCGAUGGCUCAGAAAUCAAAAGAGACUUGAGUGGCUGGAUAUUUCUCGUUGUGGAAUUUUUGAUUCCACUCCUGAAUGGUUUUGGGGCUUAUCUCCAGGUUUGAAAUACUUGGAUUUUUCUGAUAGCAAAAUUCAUGGCAACUUAACAAACCUCUUAACGCAAAAAGAAUUGCAUGUUCUUGACAUGUCUAAUAAUUCGUUGUCAGGAACACUUCCCAAUUGCUGGGAGCAUUUUCAAGACUUGAAGGUUUUAAGUUUGGGCCAUAAUAAUUUGUCAGGUAGAAUACCAAGCUCAGUUGAUUCUUUGGAAAACAGUAAGGUUAUCAUGUUAAAUGACAACAACUUCUAUGGUGAAAUGCCAUCUUUCACGCAUUCCACCAGGUUGAAGCUCAUUGAUUUUGGACAGAACAAUUUGAGUGGAAACUUACCUAAAUCGAUGGGGAAUAACUUGCCUAAUUUGAUUGUUUUGGAUCUACGGGAAAAUAAGCUACAAGGAAGCAUACCUACAAGUUUAUGUAAUCUAGAACAACUUAAAGCUUUGGACCUUGCUCAUAAUGAGAUUACAGGAAUAAUACCUCAUUGCCUCGAUCAGAUAGUUUCCAUGACAAGUAACUUUUCAUCAGACAUUUCUCAUUCAACUAAUGAGGAUAAUUUUCGGGAUAAUUUUUUGGAUAAUUUUGUGGAGAUGUAUUUUGAGAAACCAGGAGAUCAGUUUUCUUUCGACAGAGUGGGAACUGAGGUUAUCCUCCCAGGUCUUCCUGUCUAUUUCCUAAUAGGGAUUGAUCUUUCUAGCAAUCACUUACAAGGGGAGAUCCCAGAUAUCAUAACAAAACUUUUGGCAUUGCAUCUUUUAAACCUUUCAAACAACAAUCUCACCGGAUUCAUUCCCAAUAACAUGGGCCAGCUACAAGAUUUGGAGUUGCUUGAUUUAUCAAGAAAUUAUCUUUCUGGUGGAAUUCCAGCUAGCUUCUCAAGUUUGCAUUAUCUCACGUUCUUGGAUUUGUCCUUCAACAGUUUAUCAGGAGAAAUUCCUCGCGGCUCCCAAUUGGACACCUUUGGCGCUUACGCUUACACAGGAAACCAAGGACUUUGUGGCCCACCUCUCAGUCAAGAUUGUCUGAGAGAAGCACCAAGUUCUGAUCAUUCAGACCCUGAUCAACUAAUAAGCCUGGGAUUUUACAUCAGCAUGUUUUUUGGAUCCACCAUCGGAUUUUGGGGAGUCUGUGGAACUUUGAUCCUCAAAAGUUCAUGGAGACAAGCCUAUUUUCAAUUCUUCAGUGACAUGAAUGAUUGGAUUUAUGUCCAAGCAUUCCUCUUCAUGGCAAGAUUGAAGCGAAGAUUUCAACACUCAGAGGUACCUGGAGGAGCAAAUCGCUGAAAUUGCCAACCUAGUGACCUAACUACUGCUAGGGUGCCCGGGACCUCUACUCAUGUGCUCAUUCCUUGUUGAGUGAUUCAAUGCUAAAAUAAUGGCUUUUCCUGUAUUAUUGUUGUUCUUGUUGUUGUUGUUAUCCCUCUUCUUUUGUCUUUUUUCUUUUUUCGCUGCUGCAAAUUUGUUUUCGGCCUGAAUAUGUUAUUGUGAGAGAUAACAGAAAAUUGAGUCGGUUCACGCUGGGUUUGGUUAGGAUGGCUUUUAAUUUAAUUUAUUUUAGUUUAGUUUAUAGGUAUCACAUCUGCAUAAUUGUUGAAAAAAAAAGAUAUUGA